GGAAAAGACUCAGGGGGGAGUCUUGGCCUCCCCCCCCAAAUCUCCAGCCACUUGGGAAGGGAGAGGCUUUGGCCACCUGUGCAGUGGAUCCGCCUUCCCUCCCCCAGCUGGGAUCCCAAACAGCGGAUCUCUUGUCCGUGCAGCUGCUGAAGCCAUCGGGGCUCAUGCCGAGGAUUCGCUUUGCCAGGGUGGUCCUGAGCAGCAGGCUCCCCGGGGUCGAGGCGAGGGGGCUACUCUGCUCGGUGCCCCCCUUGCUCAGCCCCAAACCGCCUUUGCAUUUCAGGGCGCUGCAGCGGCAGGCGGAGCAGCCGGGCAUGGCGGACAACCGGGCAGUGCCCAGGGACAAAGUCCUGACUCUGGAGUCCAUGAACCCCCAUGUCCGGAUGGUGGAGUACGCUGUGCGGGGGCCCAUCGUUGCCCGGGCCAAUCAGCUGAAGAAGGAGCUGAAGCAGGGGGUCAAGAAACCUUUCACCGAAGUGAUUGCGGCCAACAUUGGGGAUGCUCAAGCUAUGGGGCAGAAACCCAUCACUUUCUUGCGCCAGGUCAGCGCCCUCUGCAUGUAUCCCGACCUCCUGAAUUCCCCCGAUUUCCCUGAAGACGCGAAGCAGAAAGCUCAGCGACUCCUGGCCGCGUGUGGAGGGCAGAGCAUUGGGGCCUACAGUGCCAGUCCUGGGAUCGAGCUCAUCCGCCAGGAUGUGGCCGCCUUCAUCCAGCGCCGAGAUGGGGGAAUUCCCUCCGACCCGGAGAAUAUCUACCUCUCUACGGGGGCCAGCAAUGCCGUUGUGACGGUCCUGAAGCUGCUGGUCUCAGGGGAGGGGUCCUCCCGGACAGGCGUGAUGAUUCCCAUCCCCCAAUACCCGCUCUACUCAGCGACGCUGGCUGAACUCAACGCGCAGCAGAUCAACUACUACCUGGACGAGGACAAUUGCUGGGCUCUGAACAUUGAGGAGCUGCGGAGGGCGCUGGGCCAGGCUCAGAGACGUUGCCAACCACGGGUCCUCUGCGUCAUCAACCCGGGCAAUCCCACAGGCCAAGUCCAGAGCCGCAAAUGCAUUGAGGAGGUCAUUCACUUUGCUUGGGAGGAACAUCUCUUCCUCAUGGCCGAUGAGGUCUACCAGGACAACGUCUACGCAGAAGGCUCCGAGUUCCACUCCUUCAAGAAGGUCCUUUUUGAGAUGGGUCCCAAGUACUCCGAAAGCGUGGAGCUGGCCUCCUUCCACUCCAUUUCCAAGGGCUUCAUGGGCGAGUGUGGUUUCCGUGGAGGUUACAUGGAAGUGAUUAAUAUGGACCCCGCAGUCCAGCAACAGCUGACCAAGCUGGUCUCCGUCCGCUUAUGCCCACCAGUGACUGGCCAGAUUCUCCUCGAUGCUGUGGUCAACCGGCCCCAGCCAGGAGACCCCUCCUACCAGCGGUUCAGCCAGGAAAAGGCCGCUGUCCUGGGCGCUCUGGCCAGGAAGGCCCGGCUGACCAAGGAGACCUUCAACCGGGCCCCCGGGAUCCACUGCAACCCGGUGCAGGGGGCCAUGUAUGCCUUUCCCCGAAUCGAGCUGCCCGCUCGAGCUGUGCAGGAGGCUCAGGCCCUGGGCCAGGCGCCAGACAUGUUCUUCUGCCUCAGACUGCUGGAGGAGACGGGCAUCUGUGUCGUGCCUGGCAGUGGCUUUGGCCAGAGAGAAGGCACCUUCCACUUCAGAAUGACCAUCUUGCCUCCCGAGGAGAAGCUGGAGGUUCUCCUGCAGAAGCUGAGCCAGUUCCACGCGAAGUUCACCCGGGAAUAUUCCCAGGUCCAGCUGUAGCGUGUCCAGGAAUUCUGGCCGUAGUGAAGCCGGGGCAGUGGGUGGGCCGAGGGGGAUCACCCUCUAGGCUUCAUCCCACCUGCAGGGUGUAUAAACGCCCCCAGCCCCAUCCUUGUCCCACCUCCACUGACGAAAGCAAAGACGGGGGAAGGCUCAGGGCACAGAUGGGCCUCUGAGAAGAUCACCAGCCGUGCCUGACCUUCAAGGAUCUACAGAUGGACGUCUCCUACAAGCAGGACCCGGGCAGCUCUGGGCACCAGCUCCCUUGAGAGAUUUGGGGUCCUCAAGCCACGUUGCUGUCCCUCAACUCCUCCACAUUCAGAGACCCAACCAGACCUGCCUUCUAAUUUGGCCCCCGGUGCAGAUGUGCCUUCAUGCUCUCGGUUCCCCAGUGGGGUCUCUCUGCCCCCUUCAUGGACUUGGCCAGGGGUCUCGCUGGCUCAGGGAAGGUUGCGAUCCGUGGGGCCUGCAAAGAGGACAUCAGGAGAAGCUGCCUGGCAAACCCUGAAGCCUUCUGGGAUGAAUGUUGUGCCUUGGGGGAAGAGAGGGCCAGGCCCCUCCCUCACAUUUCUGGGAAUGUGAAAGGGGGCUGCAGGGGAUCAAUAAAGCCAAUCUGAUCAAUAGUUGAA